UAAAGAAGGACGGGGAUGUCCCAGGUGAACGAGUUACCAGUAAGGUUACAGGUGCCUUGGGAUGAGCCCUUGGCACACUUAAGGCUGCCAGGGGUUGUUGCGCAGGGCGGGCCGGAGCGGCUCUGGGCCCGGCCGGAGCGGCUCUGGGCCCGGCCGGAGCGGCUCUGGGCCCGGCCGGAGCGGCUGUGGGCCCGGCCGGAGCGGCUGUGGGCCCGGCCGGAGCGGCUGUGGGCCCGGCCGGAGCGGCUGUGGGCCCGGCCGGAGCGGCUGUGGGCACGGCCGGAGCGGCUGUGGGCACGGCCGGAGCUGUGGGGGCUCCGCUGUUGCUGCAGGGCGGGCAGGCCGGGGGUGCCUCAUCGCUGCCCUUCGCCGCUCGGAGCGGGGCGCGGGGCGGGCCGAGGGCGGCGCUGGGUGAGCGGGGCCGGGCGAGUCCCGGCAGCCCGCGCGGCCCGGGCGGUGCCGGGAAUGCGGGCGGCCGCCGGAGCCAUGGCCUCCUUCCGCCUUGCUCUUAUCCAGCUGCAUGUAUCUGCUGUUAAAUCAGAUAAUCUCCAACGAGCCUGUGGCCUGGUGAGAGAAGCAUCAGCUAAAGGAGCAAAACUUGUGGCUCUACCUGAAUGCUUUAAUUCUCCAUAUGGAACCCAAUACUUUAAGGAGUAUGCAGAGAAGAUCCCUGGGGAAUCAACCCAAAAGCUGUCAGAAGUUGCAAAGGAGUGCAGCAUAUAUCUCAUUGGAGGAUCCAUUCCAGAAGAGGAUGGUGGGAAGCUCUACAAUACAUGCACUGUCUUUGGGCCUGAUGGUGCUCUGCUGGCAAAGCACAGGAAGGUUCAUUUGUUUGACAUUAAUGUUCCUGGGAAGAUACAGUUCAAAGAGUCUGAAACACUGAGUCCAGGGAAUAGUUUCUCCAUGUUUGACACGCCAUACUGCAAAGUGGGCCUGGGCAUCUGCUAUGAUAUGAGGUUUGCUGAGAUGGCUCAAAUCUACGGCCAGAAAGGCUGCCAGCUGCUGAUAUAUCCUGGGGCUUUUAACAUGACAACAGGACCAGCUCAUUGGGAACUGUUACAAAGAGGAAGAGCUGUUGAUAAUCAACUCUACGUAGCUACUGUAUCUCCUGCUAGAGAUGAAAAAGCAUCCUAUGUUGCCUGGGGACACAGCACUGUAGUAAAUCCUUGGGGUGAAGUCAUAGCCAAAGCUGGGGCUGAGGAAACAGUUGUAUACACAGAUAUAGAUCUAAAGAAACUUGCAGAAAUACGUGAACAAAUUCCUAUUUUAAGCCAGAAGCGCUGUGAUCUCUAUGGUGUAGAGAUGAAAAAGUGAAGCUGGGUGAAGAGGGAAGGUUCAGCUGUCACAAUGGCUGUUGCCUCCAUCUUUGGAAGGAUUUCCACAAUUUACUGCCCAAUGUGCCAGUUAAGAAACCACCACAUAACAAAAAACUUGGUGCAAUUCUAAUAUGAUUGAAAUAGAACUUUUGUAUCUCCUCUCAUACUUAAGUAUUUCAUAGUAUUUUACAGCUAGGAUAAAGAUGGAGAUGAAAUCAGUUCAACACAGUGAUUAACUUUGAUUUUUAUGCAUCAUAAUGUUUUAGUUGCCUUCUGAGGGCUGUUUUGUAGAACACAGAAAUGGAGAUCUUGUUCUCUAAAACUCUCUCUCAAGUCAGCUUUGGUAUUAUGAAUUUUUCAGUGAAUUGUCAGAAAAUCUCAAAGCAUGAUUCUUACUCUGUCCUUUUCAGAUGUACAUGACUUAACCUAAGUCCUUGAAUGCCCUACUUCUAACUUGGGAAGCUUAAAAUUUAACACACUUAGCAAAACAGGCCAAAUACUGCUCUGCAUUACUCAGAACACUGCGAGAAGCUGCCAGACAGAGCUGCUCCUGUAGAAGAAUCUGUACCAGGUUUUGGUUCUUAUGUUUUGUCUGGAUGUGUGUAUUAAAUUCUCCUCACGGCAAGUGCUGUUCAUUGCUGAAGGGACACGGGUUACUGUGUUACAGUUCACAGCUGCCACACCUUUGCUCAAUUCUGCUUCCUUCACAGAAUGUGCGAGUGGUGCCUGGAAAAGGCUGAGGGGCGUCGGGUUGGAAACGCUGUUGCACCGAGUCCUUGUGGCCACGGUCUCCCAGAACAGUGCUCAGUGUUUGAAUGCAUCACUGCUACCAUGGGCAGCGCCCAUCCCCUGCGGAGAAACAUUCCUUAUUGCUGGACACAAACUGAUUGGGAAAGGUGCCUUUCAAACACUGAAAACCAGCCAAGCAUGUUGCACCUCUGGUUUGGGUUUUUUUUUUUUGAAGGAAGAUGUCUUUUAAUGUAAAAAAAUUAAAAUUUAUGCUUUUUAUUCCUUGGGCUGAAAACAAGAAGCAACUGAUCAGCCUUCACUGCUAAGCUUUUAGUUUUCCUGCAGCAUGAAACAGCUGUAAGGCCAAAAGAGAUUUCAAAAUACAAAAAUGGAGGGAGAGAAAGUUUUAUCUUGCUCUAGCUAACCACAUUUCCCCCAAAACCAUCUUACGUUUUAUUCAUGUUCAGCAAUCCUCCUGUUCCCACAGCUUUUGGUUUGGUGGGGGUUUUUGUGGUUUUGUAUUUUUUUUUAACAUUUUGUCUUCUCUGCAAUGAGCUUGGUGUAUAUUUUAUAAAACAAGCCCUGACACACCCUUCCCUCAAAAGCAGAUCCCACCAUUCCCCUCAGUGGCAUUCUGUAUCAGCAGGUAUUUUUGGUCUGUACUUUUCAUUGCAUUUUGGUGUACACGCUGCCCUGGAACUUCUAAGAAACAAGCCACAGAGCACAAGGUGAAAUGAAGGUUUAUUUGUUGAAAAAUAAAUAUUAAAAAUUUAACAAUUUA